AUGAAGGCUGCAACGACAGCAUCGGUUUUGGCCUUGAUCUGGGAGAGAGCCACUGCACAAGACUACAACGCUCCGCCCCCCGAUCUCGCGACUCUACCUGAACUCUCUUUGUUCGAGACAUGGAGGCCCCACACGCAUGUGCUUCCACCAAACGGCCAGAUUGGCGAUCCAUGCGCCCACUACGUUGAUCCUGAGACAGGGCGCUUCCACGUCGGAUUUCUCCACAACGGUACUGGAAUCGCGGCAGUUCUCACGGAGGAUCUUGUUCAUUAUUACGAUGUGAGACCCAAUGGCAACUUCUCUAUCGUUGCUGGCGGUCCCAAUGACCCCGUUGCGGUUUUCGAUGGCUCUGUGAUCCCGAGAGGAGUUGACGACAAACCGACCUUGUUAUACACCUCUGUCUCGUCCUUGCCAAUCCAUUGGACACUGGCUUACACCCGAGGAAGUGAAUCACAGUCUCUGGCCGUCACAUACGACGGAGGAAAGAACUUUACCAAGCUGGAUAUUCCGCCUGUGAUUCCCGAGCCCCCAGUAGACGUGAAUGUAACAGGUUUCCGCGACCCGUACGUUUUCCAAAACGUGGAUCUAGACAAAUCUCUUGGAAAUACCGAAGGUACUUGGUAUACGACCAUUUCAGGUGGUGUUCAUGAUGUCGGACCUGGCCUGUUCCUCUACCAGAACACGAGCCCCGAUUUCGAGCAGUGGGAGUAUCUUGGAGAAUGGUACAAUGAGCCGGCCAACUCAACGUGGGGAAAUGGAGACUGGUCAAAGGUCUUUGGAUACAAUUUCGAGACUACCAACGCAUUCGGCCUCACCAGAGAAGGUUACAGCUACAGCGGCAGUCCUUUCAUGACCAUUGCAGUAGAGAGCUCAUACGUGCCCAUCCAGCCAUCGGUCUCUUCACUCCAUGCCCAGCUUUGGCUAGCAGGGUCAAUUGGAGUCUCCGAGGGUGAAAACGUCACAUUCACCCCUGAUAUGGUUGGUGUCUUUGACUGGGGCUUGGCUUCUUAUGCCGCAGCGGGCAAAGUUGUUCCCCAGUCUUCCCUCCCAUCUACUGCCAGCGGCGCCCCGGACCGUUUUAUCAGCUAUGUGUGGCUCACUGGAGAUGUUUUCGGGGGAAUUGUGGGCUUCCCAGCGGCGCAACAAGGAUGGCAAAACACUUUGUUGACGGCGCGCGAGUUGUCCAUCAAAGCCAUUCCCAAUGUGGUCAACAACGAUCUUGUGAAGGAGACAGGUUCGUGGCGUUUAACUGCUGACUCCGACUCCGCGGGUGAGUGCGUUGAACUUGAGACACUUGGAAUCGACAUUGCCCGGGAGACCUACAGUGCUAUGACUGAUACUCCUGGCUUCACCGAGCCAGGCCGGACGCUCACGAGUGCCGGUGUCAUUCCCUUUACUCGCUCCCCGGAUACCAAGUUCUUUGUUCUGGAAGCUGAGAUCAGCUUCGACGCACGUGCUUCUGGCCUGCAAACCGGUUUCCAGAUCCUGGCAUCCGAGCUUGAGUCAACCACUAUUUACUACCAGUUCUCAAAUGAGUCCAUCAUGAUUGAUCGGUCCAAAACCAGCGCUGCUGCAGACACCACCUCCGGCAUCGAUGCGUCACCAGAGUCUGGACGUCUUCGUCUAUUUGACAUCAACGACAACUGUGGCAACAAUAGCAGUGAUAGUGGUAAUGGAGGCAGCGGUGGCCAUGGGAUUUACGGUGGUCACGGCGGCCAAGGUGGCUACGCCGGCCACGGCGACCACAAGUGUGGUGAAAAGGACGAACAGGGUGUGCAUCAUUCGACUGACUGCAAGUCUGACCCUGCGCCAGAAAGCGAUGCCCACUCGUCUCAUUCCAGCGAGGUUGGUGAGGAGCACAUUGAGACUCUAAGCCUCACCAUCGUGGUGGACAACUCUGUGCUGGAAGUCUACGCGAACUCUCGCUUUGUACUGUCCACCUGGGUCCGGCCUUGGUACGAAAACUCUACUGAGAUUCGCUUCUUCCAAAAUGGAGAGGGUGAAGCAUCUUUCAACAACAUUCGCGUUGCUGAUGGGUUGUAUGAUGCUUAUCCGGACCGAGACCAAUGA